UUAAUCCCAAAUCAGCGCAAUUUCAUCAGUGCAGAAAAAUGAAAUUGAGUGCAAAAUAGUGAAUGGAAAAUGAUUAACAGUUCCGACAAAAUUUGAGCUCGGAUAGACAAAGUGGCGGACAAAAAUUAUACGAAGAUUGAAACUCUUUAUCAAAAUUUUGAUACACAGACUUCAUAACAAAGCAAAGUACAAAGCUCAGUCAGCAAACAUUACUAAACUGGUUAUCGCGAAGUGUGUAAGAUAAGAAAUAAACACAAACUGCUGUGAGGAAAUAAAACAUAAACUACCUCGAAGUGCAUGAGUUACAGUGGCGGAUCUAGGAGAGGAGCCCGGGCGGCCCGCCCCCUCCCCCUUAUUUUGGGUAAAAAAGAAGAAAUCACAGAAGGAAGAAAAGCCGGUAGGGCAAGCAAAACAAAACCGCUACGCGUACUUUGUACUUCAUGCGCGCGCUUUGUGUGCGUGCGUACGCGUACAGUUUCUUGUAUGUCGUGGCUCAAUCAUUCCACCUACCGAAGAAAGGCUAACCCCGAAACGUUUAGAUUACCAGCGAAUAUUUGACACUUUUAAGAACCUUUUCAGCCUUACAUUCAAUCGAGGAUAGGUUAGCUUUGGGCCGUAUUUAAAUCUUAUUUCAUAAUUUUUAGUGUCAAUUUUAGUAGCAUAAUAUGUGCUAUACACAGUUUAGCAUAUAUUUGUAUUCUGUGGGUUUGGAAUCCCUACAUGGGCAGGUAAUCAUGUAGUCCCUUGGGUUUUUCGUGGUAGGUGUAUUUAAGCGAGUGUUUAGUAUGGGGUUCAUUCUCUCGGUCUGUUACCAGCGCUGUUUCAUUUUGUUUUCUCUUCUAUUCUGUGAUGUUUCAAGACAAGCCGAUUUCUAGCAGAGUCGGACCUGAAGUUGAAGAGGCGAUUAAGCAAGCGUUUUCAAAUUUAUCUGCCGAUCUAACUGCGGUUAUCGAGUCUAGGCUUUCGGAUUUUAAGCGGGAUUUGGUCGAGGACCGUGAUUCUUCGGUGGCUUCCGUGGUUAAGCGAGUUAAAGAGGAACGAAGUUGAAUUCAAAUCGAAGGGCAACAAAAAGCAAUUCGAGCAUCAACGGCAAGUUCUUGAUUGUUUGACUGAGGCUCAACAUUCCCUGGCCAGCUCUAAGUACGAAAAGGCAAAGAAAGCUAUCGAAGAAGGUAUAAACCUGACUGAAAAGCGUAUUAAAGCAAUUAAGUUGGCCGACAGGAGCGAGCUUGGCUGGUCGACAGUCUGCGAAUAUUUAUUGGACGAUUUGGCGUCGAAUUCAGAGGACGGAAAGCGUAUUUUUCGUUCGGAGAGGCGUGCUGAGCGUCGCUCUAAACAAGCAGAUCUGCUUCAACGAGUGGGCUUCAUCCGAGGAACCCGGUUAGCAGGAUUGGUUCUUGCUAUAAGUUAAGUAUUCAUUUAUUUUUUCAGUCUUUUUAUUUUUAUUCGCUUGUUUUUCCUAUGCUUUUGCCCACUUACUUUUCUGCUUUGUUUACUUCUCGCAGUGCUGGUUACCGCGGCACACUGUAUUAUUCGCCAUAUUGUUCUUGUAUCUUGUUGUUUCAAUGGUACGGCCGGUUAAUAGCACAGAAUAGCAUAAUAUGUGCGAUACGCAGUUUAGCGUAUAUUUGUAUUCUGUACGUUUGGAAUCCGUACAUGUGCAGGUAGUCAAGUAGUCCCUUGGGUUUUCCGUGGUAGGUGUAUUUAAGCGAGUGUUUAGUAUGGGUUCAUUCUCUCGGCGUGGUACCAGCGCUGUUUCAUUUUGUUUCUCCAUUCAAGUUCCUUUAUUUUUCUUUAUUUCAGUGUUAGGAAUUUGGUCAUUUAAUUUGUAAUUGUCCCAAGAGCUCUGUCAACGCCUCCUCGUCGGACCGUCCGCCCAGCCGGGGAUGACUAGCCGAAUCUUAACGGUCAGCUUUUGACGUUGAUGUGGAUGUUGUCGAAACCGAUGAGUACCCUUUGGUUGAUGAUUAUUUAGGAAGCGGUGUAGAGUUUGUUGAAGGCUCCUCCGGUGUAAAAGGUCGCCUGAAGCAGUAUUUCAGUUAUUGGGAAUCCACCAUCUGUGCCCCACAGUUUGUUUUAGGCGUGAUCUCUGAAGGCUAUAGAUUACCAUUUGUCAGAUUUCCGGAUAAGUGCUACUUAGACACCCCGAGAGGGUUUCUGCGUCUGCUAGUUUAUUGCAUCAGAGGGAUUUUAAACUGAGUGGGUUAAAGCUGAGCAGGCAGAAAUCUAUGUUAGAGCCAAUGCAAGUCGGUCAAUGGGUGGGUUUGUAAUUGACACUAUUAAAAUGCAGUUCCGAAUCCCGACUAAGAAAAUUGCCAAGCUUAAGAGGAACCUCGAUUCCAUGAUUUCUUCUGGGAGCGUUACGUAUAGGGAACUUGCUCGAGUGGGCGGCUUCAUCAAUUCGCUGUAUUUGGCAGUAGGCCCUAUUGCUACGUUAUUCACGAGGCAGAUGCAUGCAACUAUUCAAACCCGUUCGUUCUGGGAUUGUUCCUUUUCUCUUUCUUCGCCUUUAUCGGAAGAAUUGUGUUUCUGGUCUACUAAUAUCGAGGCCUUUAACGGAUAUGGAAUUCAGCCUAAGCUUACUCCAGGUACAGUAAUUUUUUGCGACGCUAGCGAUUACGCCUUUGGAGGAUAUCGGAUCAAGUUGAAUGAUCAGCCUGUCAGUGGUAUGUUUAGCCGUUUUGAGUGUCAGCAGAGUUCUACUUUCAGAGAGCUUAAAGCCAUUUUCUAUGUUAUCAAGGCGCAUGUUGUAUCUCUCAAGAGAUACAAGAGGCACAAGAAAGUUAAAACGCUUGAUAUUUUUCAGCUGUGCCUAGUGAACGAUAUUCAGAUUGACGCGCAGUGGAUUCCUCGCGAUGCUAAUGUUAGAACUGAUUUUUUAAGUCGCUUUGUGGAAAAAGAUGACUGGAUUGUGGAUAUCGUACGCUUGCCCAGAAGAUCUGAUAUGAUUAUCCCUGGUCCUGGCCAAAAGGUUUCUUAUAACGGCAAGCUCUCGGUUUUCUUUGAUUGCCCAAAUUCAGCAUGCUGCCCUGACGCAUAGAUUUCAGGUUAGCGUUGCCGACCUGUCAGUUUCUGUAUGUCUGUUUGUUUUGUAUUUACCUUUUCUAGGCUUUACAGUUUGCUUGUAGUGUUGAGCAUUUGUCUGCAGUUAAUCGGUCGGCCCGUGUGUGGCAUGCAUUUGCUACGGUUACCGGGCGGCAUGGUUUGUGUGCGUUGUUACAGUCAUGCGAGUUUUGAGCGUGGUAAUAGUUCUAUACCUAGCGGGUUAGCACUUGAUGUGCGAUGCCGGUCUUACCGAAGCAUCGUGUUCCCCGCCUACCUUAGGCUGAUACAUUUGAGAGGAUGCAUUGUUUGCCAUCUGUUGUAGCAGUUUGUUGAUAGCUGCUCCUGUCUGGGGUAUAUUUACCUUUUUGUUUUUGCACAGUGUUGUUUGCUCGCUAACCUUAUUUUUGUUUCUUUAAGAUAUCUUGCAGAACGGGGGCUUCACGGCGAAUCUCCAGGAUCCGUCACUGAAGUUAGUGGUUCCGCAUCUGGUUGAUAUUUUGUUAGUCUAGCGCAGCAAACACAGCCUACAAGUACAGCUACGGGUGACAAAGAUGGAGAUCCUGGGCGCAGUCUAAGCUGGGUGUUCCUGUUAUUCGGGCAAUUCCUUUACAAGUGGCUUUGUGUCUGACCGAGCUCGUGGAACGUGCAGUACUUGAGGGCCAUUCUGCCUCCGUGAUAGAAUCUGCUUCGUACAGUAUCCGAUGGGGUUACCGUCUAGCAGGGAGGG